AUGGCAUCGACUUCUACACCCGCGCAGCAACAGCAGCCGCAGCUCAGCCAGAACGAGCGCUUCUUUCGCUACUUUCGACAUGAGGUCACCGCACUUCAAGAGCAGAUGGACGGGCUGGCGGACACUGCGCUUGCGGGCGGCGAACGAGCAGAUGCAGUAGACCAUUGCCUAGCGGGCAUCGCGCGACUGUCGCAAGAAGUCAAGGACGCGUCAAGCUACGUGCCCGCAUACGACCAGCGGACCUAUGCUGAAGCCGUCAAAGCCCUCACCGAAAAGCUCCAAGCAACCCGCUCCAGCUUCGCCCCGCGUACCAAAUUCGCCUUCAAGACAACGCACAAGAACAACUCCGCCAUCUCGCUCACCGACGCCGCGGAGCUCGCCUCGCAAUCCCGCGGCCGCCUCCCAGGCUGGCGUUCCACACCCCCAUCCACCACCGACUCCUCCUUCGCGCCCACGCCUGCCAAUCCGAUAUCACCCUCCGAGGAGAAGUCGCAGGAGAACGCCGAGGCCCUCAUGGAUAGCACGAACACGCUCUCUGCGCAGGCGGGCGCCGCGUCAAGGAGCUUCUCCUUCUCGCAGGCGAGCAGUAUCACGAUAAGCAAUCAUCAUGACCUGCACAUCAUCCUGCCGUCCUCGGCCGCCCACGCCACGACCUCGGGCACGCUGGGCAACCUGCGCCGCUGCGUCGUCGACAUGUCCGUGCCCACCGCAUCCGGCGCGCCGUUCGCGGGGCUGGCGGUCAAGAACGUCAAGGAUUCGCUGCUCGUGUGCGGACAUGUUGCUGGGCCCUUGCACAUCACGAAUGUCAGCAACAGCGUCGUCGUGGUCGCGAGCCGCCAGUUCCGGAUGCACGAGUGCAGGAAUGUGGAUGUUUAUCUGCAUUCUGCGAGUCGGCCGAUUAUCGAGGACUGUGAGGGGAUUAGGUUUGCGGAGUUGCCGGAGGCGUAUGUGACGGAGGCGGAGAAGGGGAGGGAGAACUUGUGGGAGAGCGUGGAUGAUUUCAAGUGGCUAAAGAACGAGCAGAGUCCCAACUGGAGUAUAUUGCCCAAGGAGGAAAGGGUCAAGGAAGAAGUCUGGACGGAGCUCGUGCCUGGGAAGCCGGGAGUUGGAGUCGAGGAGAUCUUGAGGGCAAUGGGAGUCAUGAAGGGUUGA